GUGAAUGUGAUGACGUCGCCCCAGAUCCAUGUGAACGUGCACGCGGAGGGGGCGGGAGCGCGCCGUGUUGACGGACUGGAGAGGCAACAUGUCCACCGCAGCCGCCGCGCAGCUGAACAACAAUGAAGAACCGGGACUCAACGGGUCCUGGGUGGAGCUGGAGAUGAACGGAAACACUCAGCAGCAGAACCCCAGCUUGCCCUCGCUGCUGGGGAACGGGAACCAAGGCGAGUCCCAGGCUUCACAGGCCCUGGAGGCCGUGCAGGAGGAAGAGGAGGUCCUGACAGGAGGACUGGAGCACGUGCCUUCCUCCUCCUCUAUCCAUAAUGGAGACAUGGAGAAAAUCCUACUGGACGCACAGCACGAGUCCAGCCCCAGCAGCUCAUCCUGCAACAGCCCACCACGACCACACAGUCCUGACCAGGAUGAGGGACAGAUCACGUUUGAUGUGGAGAUGCCCAGCGAGAGAGACUGUCAGUCAGAAGAUGAUAGUUUGGAGAAGGACAAAGAAGAUGAUAUCCUCAUGGAUAAAGGGGAGAGUUGGGUGGCAGACUGGUCCAGUCGACCAGAGAACAUUCCCCCGAAGGAAUUCCACUUCCGCCACCCAAAGCGUUCUGGAUCGGUGUCUCUGAGCAUGAGAAAGACAGGUGCUAUGAAGAAAGGUGGCGUGUUCUCCGCCGAGUUCCUCAAAGUGUUCAUGCCCUCGCUGCUGCUCACCCACAUCCUGGCUCUGGGACUGGGGGUCUACAUUGGGAAGAGGUUGACUACACCCUCCACCAGCUCAUUUUAAACCUGAACCGACCCCAGUGCCUGGAUCCAGAAAAUCCUCUCUCUCUCUCUCUCUCUCUCUCUCUUUCUCUCAUUCUCUCCCCCUCUCUGACUUUCUCUUCAUUUCUUUAACUCACUUCGUUUCCCAUCACACCCUCUGCUGGGAGACAUUCUGCUUGUUGACCUUUGGCUGUGUCACAUUUUCUUGCCCUCUAACGCUGUGGCUUACUGACAUGUUUUAGAUGUUUUUAUUUGGAAAUGUAGUGAAUUAUUCACUGACGUUUAUUUUUUAUGAAACGCUACUAUACAAGUUAGAGCCCCACUACAACCAUGACCAUAAUGCGCUUUUAUUUUUGCAUGAUGCACUUGAUAUGAAACUAAUAUAGAGUCUGUAUGUGGCCAGAUAUAUCUUGGGAGUAUAUUGACUCUUAAUAGGAAAUUUAGGAGGGUUGCAAUAUUUUAUUCUAGAGAGAUGAUUUUGCUCAUUAUGUUGCGCAAUUUAAUUUAUUCACUUCCCGUUUUGUGUCAAAGCAAGAAAAAUGCAUGUUAGUCAUUUACUUUUAUAGGAGAACGAUGACUGUUUAAUGACAGACCAAGUCAUUCUUUACAUAAGUCGCUGCAUUGCUUUAGACUGUUACGACAAUUAUUUAAAGACUUAUUUUGCAUAGAAUGUAAAUCUUAGAGGUCCCACUCGGUUCUGUUAUAGGCCCUUUUCUGUUUGCUCUUCACUUCUGUAGAGAUCCAAUAUGACAGGCUAGAACCGAAGCAUCGCUUUAUAGCAGCUUUAUAGUAUAAAAAUAUACAAGUAAAUCACAAAUUUACAUGAACAAUACGUGUUUUUCUAAUCGAAAGACGUUAAGCUAAAGAGAUCAGGAUGGACGUACAUCUGUUUAAGAGCCAAACUGGUCGAGUUAAUUAUUUUUUGAGUUAUUAAGGAAGCUACACACACAUACACACACACACUCUGGUUUGCCUUGAUGCAUAUUCUGCUCGCAGUAUUUUCUGACUGUGUAUUUUCGUGCCAAAGGUUUUACACCACCAUCCCAACAUGAUUUGUCUGCACCUCUCAUAGACUCUGGUCUGGUUUGAGUGGGUAAUUGAUCCUGUCAUUCACUCCGUAUUGACAACACCUUACAAAGCCUUUGGUUUUACUGUGAACACCCUGUGUAUAUUAGGCAAUGUGUUGCUAUAGUAGUGUAUUAUACACUGUUGUAUGCAGUUUUGUCAAAGCUACAGAUCCACACUCAGUGUACAUAUUUAUAUGCAAUAUGGUGUAGUUUCAAAGAUUAAAAAAAAAACAUUUAGAAGACUUUAUUUGCUACGCACAUGCCCAGGUCAUAUUUCAUUCCAUUUGAUUGAUUUCAUUUUCAUUUACAAAGAAUUAAGCCAGGUUUUAAAAGCAUUUUUUUUUUUUUUACUUUUGAUUUAUGGGUAAAAGGUAACCAGGUCAUUUUCUAGUUUUAUAAUUCACCCUCACAGUAUCUAGUAACGCUUUUACUUAGCAAAGUUUUUCGUACAAAAAAACAGUACAGUUAAAUAGUACAGCAAGAAUUUUGCAACCCAAAUCAGUUAACUGAUCCCCCUUUGCAUUAAGGCCUUCUGUGUCAUUGUGCCACACUUUACUUCUUGACUCUGUUUUCAUGCUUUCUUUCUUUUUCAGAGGGGGAGUGGAAAUACAAGAGGCCAAUUUAGUGUCACUUCAACCGUGCCUCGACUUUUGUUUGCACCUUUUCUUAGCCCCAUUGCAUGCGUGUGUUCAGAGAUUUCACAUCAGGGCAUGACAGAAGUGAAGUUUUCCUCUGCGUGGGGUGAAAUGAGAACUGUGAAUGGAAUAGCUAUAGCUCAUGUCAGAUAUGAUAAACUAGCCCUGCCCGGUCUAUUUCGGGUAGGAUGACUACAUAAUGUCUUGUUUUACGCACAUUAUUUCUCUGUUAUAUCUCUCUUGUGUUUUUUAGUUUUUACUUUAAUCAUGAGUGUAGAUACUGGAGGGCGGGGCCCUUGUGAUUGACAGCUCCACCGUGUGUUUCAUUUGCAUUCCCAUAGCGACUGGAGUGAUGAAGCAAUGAACAUGUAGUUUCUUGCAUUUCGCUGGUAUUGGGGAAAAAGUGAACUGAUAUUAAAAUAUAACCUGACAUUCAUCUUUUCUUUUGUUCUCAUUCCAUUGUUGAAUGUUCCUCAUGUGCUUUAGUUUUGCCAUGUGAAAACUUAGGAAGUUAUAUGAAACCCGUCCUUUUUGUUUUACUUCCUUGUUAUAUUCAUCACAUAAAUAUUCUUGCAUUAAUGUGCAUGCAGAACCGAACAAAUGCAGAUUAAAACUAUAGUACAGUUAGUUUUGUGCUGUAUGGCAAGGAUUCACUUUUUUUUUUUGGACAUAUUUUAUUUUUUAUUUUAAUAUUUCAAUCAUUUCAACACAUUUGCAUGUUUACUAUUCUUUAUUUUGGUAAAUGUUCACAUCAAAUGCAGGUAAACAAAAUAUUUCAUUUUUUUUUUUUUUUUGGUAUUUUAUUUUAACAUUCAUUUUACAUUUUUAUGAUUUAAUAAUUAUUUGUAUUUCAUAAAAUCACAAAGCCCCUGCAGGUAUAGCACAAACCCCAGUUUGGAAAACCCUGCUUUAUGGCAUGAAAUAUAGAGUGCUUUAGUUAACCAACAACAACAUUAUCAAAAUUAUACAAGUUUCAAGUCCAAAUCCUAACCAAAUUAUAGGGAAAUUGUGAUUGUCAUAUUUUGCAUGAUUAUUUGCAUGUCUCAGCAGCUUUGUUUUGGAGAGGAUGUUGCUUUAAGCUUUCGUAAUGCCAACCCAUUGCAUGACAAAUUUGGCUCCAUACGGGAAAUACACGUUUGUAUCUCUGCAACACUUAAAACUAAGCAUUAAAACUUGCUCUGUAUGAUUGCCAUAAUACGUUGAUCAGUUUGGUGACUAUGAUGAACAUCUCCUCAAUUAAUUUUUGUUCAUUGUUCCCCUUUUAAAUUUGUCCAAUCUAUGCCAAAAUCAAAACUCAUGAAAUUCACCAAAUUAAUGUUAGGUGUUCAGUACAGUUCUCCAAAAAUAUGUUGUUGGCAAAGCCACCAAAUGGCAAAUGAGAUUGGAAAAUUAUUUUUUUAUAUUGACACAAAACUUUGUACUGACUAUAUUCACCUUAUUUCUAACGUGGCUAAUCUAAUUACAGAUGUCUCCAGUUGGAGGCAGUUAUGUAUUGUUUUUCUGUGCAAAACCAGUCUGUAAUGCUUAGUUAUAUUGACAGUUAUCAUGAUAUUUCAAUAUAUCAUAAUUAUAAACAGUUUUUCAGCAUAAAUUGUUUUAAUGUUUACUGUACUUUGUUAUUCUUCUGCUACCUAUAACAGAUGAAGAAUCAGACGUCUCGCACAUUCAAACAAAAACAUUUCAACGUUGCAAAAUAAGUUGAUUAUACUUUCUACAAUGUCCUAAUAUCUAAAUACAAGUCAUCUGCUAUAAAGUUUCAAAUGUGAAAAUCUACUCUUGGCCUUUGAAUACUUUCCCUGUAUCCAACACUAGGGGUGCUGAGACCAAAAAACUUUUUUUAUUUAACAUUAUAACAGCUGUGCUGUUGCUGUUUGUCCAACUCAUUGCCUAAGAUGUAUCAUGUAAUUCUUAAUGAAUCAAUGGCACAAACCACUAUAGCAUUUCCAUUAUUAUUAUGUUUAUAUUAAUCCAUAUGUGAAGAUAAGAUCAUGCAAGUUCUCGAUGUAAAGGUGCACAAGUGUGUGUUUGAUGGAAUAACUUGUGUACAGGCAGUGGGUGUGUGAACUAUGAAUGCAUGUGAUUGUUGAGCACUGUGAAUGUGGGGUUUUGUGCUUUUUAUUUGGUAAAGAGUCUCCAGACAGGCAAGCAUGCGACCUGCGCUCUGAUGGUGGUCUCUCCUGUCCUGAUGCAUGCUACAGGUACAGAAAACCGCAUGGUACAGGCUACGCUUUUAUUCUGUUAUGUGCAAACUUCAAAUAUGGAAAGCUAACAAAUGCUUCAGUAACAGAUAAAAGCAAAAUGUUGUUUUGUUUAAAGAGAAAGCGCACCCAAAAAUGAGACAUCAGACGCUCACCCUUGUGAUGUUCAGAACUGUUUGACUUUCUUUCCUCUGUGAAACACUAAACUCUUCAUGAAGCUGGUUACUAUUAUAAUAAUAUUAUAAAAAUAUAUAUAAAACAAAUCAAAACAACCAUAAAAUUGGAUUAUGGCUUAAAUUUGAGUCUGUUCCUCCUCACAUCUAUGACCUCAAAAACUUGGAAUAUAGUGAAAUUAGUAUGCACUACUUUUGAGAUUUCCAUUACACUUUAAAUUCAAUGUAUAAAAAGUAUGAACGUCUUUUGUAUUCCAGAGAAAAAAUAAAUUAAAAAUCAGUUGGUUCAGGAUGAAAUUAUUACUUUUUUUCUGAAUUUUUGGAUGCACUGUCCCUUUAAGAGCUCAAACUGAUUUGAGUGUUUGAAGAUGAUUUGUGAUGUUCAUAUUUCAUUUCAUGAUGGAAUCAAUAGGUACUUCAAGCAGAUUUCUGUCUGUUCAAAGAACGUGAAGCUAUUCAGUCUUAUUUUGAUUUAUUAUUUAUGAUCCAUUAUUGUCUUAUUUUUAUGAUUCUUUAAUGCCACUGCCAGAAGAAAAACCUCUUGCCCCAUGUUUCCUUCACUUGCCUUAAUUACUGCAUGCUGAACUUUAUUUGGUUUGUUUGGAUGGUUGGUUGAAACACAGCCAGUUUUGGUUCUCAUAAGUCAUCCACUGUGAAUAAUUGUUUUCACAAAAUAGAUUUAGUAACAUUUAGAUCACGACGUAAACCUGUAUAUGUUGAUUUAGUAAGUAAUUACAGUGAUCUCUUCUUCAUGUGGUCUGAAAUUGUUUAAAUCUUGUUCAUAGGUGGACAUUGAGCUGUUAGCUUUCUUUUGCCAAAGCAUUUUUAGCCAACCAUUGUAGAAUUUGAACUGACUGAUUCACCACACUUGUGUAAAUCAUGUCUGGUGUUUUGUUUGUAUUUAAAGUAGAUAAAUGAUGAACAGAUUUGUAUGUGUUUCUGAAUGUGUUUAUAUUGCCAUAAAAAUUGCAUCCGCUACAA